GUACACGGUGUGCGUGCCCCCCCACACACGGCAGCACGUGAGUCCGGUCCAGGUCCAGACCAGCAGGAUCAGGUCCUCCUCUGACAGGAGGGCAGGAAUAUCCAGCUUGCCUCGGAUGAACUGCUAACAUGAGAGAGCUGGAUAGAGCUGGGGGUGUCUGCGACUGAAGUAACCCUGAGUCUGUUUCCUGCAGUCAGGAUGUCGACCACGUCUCAGAAGCACCGGGACUUUGUUGGCGAGCCGAUGGGGGACAAACCGGUGACGGCUCUGUCGGGCAUCGGCGAGACUCUGGGGAAGAAGCUGGAGGAGCAGGGCUUCGACCAGGCCUACGUGGUUCUCGGUCAGUUCCUGCUCUUGAGGAAAGACAGUGAGAUGUUCACCGAUUGGCUCAAAGAUGCCAGUGGCGCCAACUCCCGCCAGGCCGGAUCCUGCGCUCAGUGCCUGAAGGAGUGGUGUGACGCCUUCCUCUGAGGCUCCGCCUCCUCACCAAAGACCAUGCCACUUCCUGGGUUUGCUCACUUCCUGCUUCUGCCUUCAGAGCCGAUCGCUCGGUUCUUCUGCUGCUGCUGAUAAAUGUUUGGGGUGGAGUUCCUGCAGGGUAACUGUGA